CUUCCCUUACCUUUGUUCGCCUGUCGAGUGCACGUCCACCAACUACUGCUGCUAACUCCUGGACUGUACCAACACUCUGUGCCACCCUCAUACACUCAUACACACACGCACGCCGCCAUCAUGGCCGUCACAAACACCCAAACAUCUUCAGCGGAGCCUCUGCGGCCCCCGUCCCCAACGUACCGGCCCGAUCCGGAAAAGGAUGAAAUAGCUGUCACCGACCACUCCACACAACCUCCAGCUCACCCCGACCUCCAAAUCCCAGAUAUUGCCGUCCACAACGCGCCGGACGACGACGAUGAACGGAGCCCGCGACCCGAAGCACGUACUUCAGCCAAUGCGAGUCUCGCUGCGACGCAACCCAGUCGAGCAGCCUCUCCCAACCCAUCCGCCGUCUACCCCCAUACCCAGAUCGUAUUUGAUGACCCUGAGUUCACACGCCCGCCUCCGCUGAACUACUCGCUACGGCCUCGCAAGAAGGCCAUCUUCUGGUUCUGGACCCUCAUUUUCCUCGACUGCGUCUGCAUGCCCAUCGGACUGUACUUUGGCAUGUGGUUUGGCCUGACGCGUGAGCAACUGAGUGCGAAUGCCGUCUUCAGUAUCAGCACUGCGCUGCUGGGUACCGUAUCUAUCGUGGAAUACAUCAUUCGAUUCCUGAGACUAUGGAGGGUGAAUUCCACAUGCAGGGUCAUUGGCGCUGAGAGGCAUUAUCUCGAUUGGUUCCAUUGGAAUUUGUCCGUUGGCUGGUUCUUCGUCAUGAUCGAGCUCAUCGCCGGUACCUGCCCACACGACCCACCCAUCCGAGUCCUCGCCAUUCCCGCCUCCACCAUGCUCUUCGCCAUCGGCGUCGAGCUCCUCCUCGUCGACGCCCUCCGUAUCGCCGGUGUCCCCGCCCCCUGCCGUAUCUCCUCCCUCCCCAUGGGUGCUCCCCUCCGCCCAGGUAUCUACGCUUACAUCGAAGAUAUCUGCGCUGUAGACGGAUCCGGUGGUACCGAGUUCAGACAGCGCUUGAACCUGCGGUAUCAGGCCAGCAAGGCGUUUCGUGAGAUGCUGCACCGUCUGACGCUUUUCUGGGCGAUUGGCGCUAUUGUAUGCAGUGCUGUUACCGUUGCUAUCGUCUUUACUAUCCAGAGGGAUGCCGCCUACGUUGUUGGCUGGACACUUCCUUUCCUCUGGGCUGGCGUGUGGACCGCCAUUACCAUUCCCUGGGUUCAACGCAGUCUAGCACACGAGUACGAGCAGUGGACACAAGCUAGAUGGAAGGCCUAG